AUUCAGUCAGCUGUCAGUGUCAAAUUCUUACACAAAAAAUGUCAAAUAAUUUUACAUAAAGACAACUUAAAUAAAAUACAAUUCUUUGGCGAAUUUUAGAUUUGAAUAUAAAAAGAAUAAUAAUUAAUUGUUCUAAUACGUUUUCUAAAUGAUAUAAGAACAGAUUUUAUAAAAAAAUCUGAUAACUAAAACUUUUGUUGACAUAUUUAUUGAGAAAUUUUCCGCCAUGUUGAAUGUUGUGUGUCAUGUGUAUUGGAGAAAACAACAAAAAGUGUAGUGUCAUCACAGUUAUUUUUGACCUGUAAUUUAACUGUGAUAGAUUUUUUAUUAAAAAUUUUAGUCAAAUAACUAUUAAUAAAGUAGUUUUGAAAUCGAAAUUGAUUUGCAAACUAGGUAUUUAAGGUGUUUUAUGAAAGAACAACCUAGACAAAAAUAUAAAAGUAGCAAGCUAUUUGGAUCUAACACUCAUCGAUAUCUUCGUAUAAAUCUACUUUCAAAAUAGGACGUUUCAGCUUACCACAACAUUAUGAGCACUCCUCCUAAGUCCAGUCUUAACUCGAAAACGAUGAGACGAGGUUCGAACGAUAUGCAAGUCAAUGUAGCAGGUAUACGGCGAAAUCUGAAAAAUUUCGCACACAAUUAUUCAGAUGCUCAGAAAAAGGUUAGAGAAGCCACCUCGAACGAUCCGUGGGGUCCGAGCAGUACCAUAAUGGCGGAAAUAGCCGAUCUUACAUACAAUGUAGUAGCUUUCAGCGAAAUUAUGCAAAUGGUAUGGAAACGACUAAAUGAUCACGGUAGAAAUUGGCGUCACGUAUACAAAGCCUUAGUCCUGCUAGAAUAUCUAAUUAAAACAGGGUCAGAAAAAGUAGGUCAGCAAUGUAAAGAGAAUAUAUUUGCAAUUCAAACAUUGAAGGAUUUCCAAUAUUUAGAAGAAGGAAAAGAUCAAGGACAGAAUGUGAGAGAAAAGGCUAAGCAGUUAGUCAAUUUAUUAAAAGACGACGAAAGACUGAAAAAUGAACGAGCGAGAGCUUUAAAAGCCAAAGAGCGCUUUGCUCAAACCGCAAGCGGUUUUGGUAGCGACGGCGGCCUUGAUACACCAAACAGUCCUAAAUAUCCGGCGUUCAGAGGCGAGUGGAGUUCUAGAGAUACAGUAGAUCUGCCCAGAGACAUAGAAGUUGCAAGGCCUCAAACCGCCGGCGAAGAGGAACUUCAACUUCAACUCGCGUUGGCCAUGUCGAGAGAGGAAGCGGAGCAAGAGGAACAGAAGAGAAAAUCCGAUGACGUACGACUUCAGUUGGCUUUGAGUCAAAGUCAACAAGAUUUUAGAUCAUCACAAGACAAAAAAAGACACGAAGAUAGUCAUUUAGUAGAUCUAUUAGAUAUAGAUUUAGGUAACGAAGCCGCACCUGUAGAUCCGUGGGGUAUGCCGCAACCGCCUAGACCACAGCAAACAUCACCUUGGCGUCCAUCUUCGCUUUCUUCACCACCAGAAGUGCCGCUAGCGAAUCCGUGGAAUCCAUCAACUGCUGCAACUCAAAAAAUCGAUCCUUGGGGCAUUCCUAUUGCUUCGAGCAAUUCUACAUCACCCAUCCCAGCGCUUCCCAAACAGGAUCCAUGGUCGCCGACUAGUCAGAGUUCGACAGAUUUGGACGAAUUUGACGUUAUUUCAAAUAGGAACAAAAUGGCAUCAUCUCCAAAGACAAACGGCGGAGCGGAUCCGUUCGAAUUAAAUUUAUUAAGCGACACUCUGUUAUCUGCGACAGACAUCGAAGGCAACACAUCGACGGGAAUGACUAAAAAGACGCCGUUAAGUUUUCUAGGAGAAAACUCAGCUUUGGUCAAUUUAGAUAAUCUUGUAACAAGUAAACCUACAAACCCCACGCUCGUAGCGAACCCAUUCUCGGACCCAGCAGUUAGCAAUCCACCCAGACCAGUGUUUAAUACACCACCACCAAAACCGUCCAUUAACGAAAUGAAGCAACAACCAUUCGGUUCUUUCAACGUUUCUACACAUGCAGCUACGGGCUUUACGCCACCUCAAACGGGAUUGAAUCCGGGAAGUACGGCCUUUGGACAGUACGCGGUCGGUACGCAGCCAUCGCUGGGCACUAAUAGUGGAGCGUUCAACGCUCCUGCUGUUACUCAGGAUCCAUGGGCUCCUGUUGCGACUAGUAAUGGCACUACAAAUUCAGCUUGGACAAAAAGCAACGAACCAGCAAAUCCUUUUUUGUCCUAACACGAUGUCUUUAAUAGUACAUCAGAUGGUACACACAGAAGAUUUAAUAGAGUAACAGCAUUCAAGAAGAGGAUCGGUGCAAGAUAUAUGAGUAGUUGCUUUUUAAGUUUGAUAACUUUUAUUACGGGAUAUUUCUUAUACAAUUUGAAUGUUUCAAAAUGUCUUUAUAUAUUUUUAUAACAAAAAAAUGCUUUUGCUUCGAGAGUACUACGUUAUUAUUAUAUUUAUAUUAUAAUUAUGUGGGUUUUGUUUGUAUUGUAUUGAAAAGUUGCUCAUUUUUAUUAUGUGAAUGUUUACACACACAAGCGCUCCUACCGAGAUAAAAUAAAAUGUUAUUUUAUUAAUAAUAGACAGAUAUUUAUCUGAAAUUCCGUUUCUCUCUUCUUGUGCUUUCGAUCUUGACCCAGUGAUUUAAUUUCGCAUUUUGCAUUUAUAUUAAAGUUGGCAAUAUAUGGAUAACUUUUUAAUUUUUAGUUUUAAGACAAAAAGUUAUUUUUUAUAAAAUGGUUCUGAAUAAUGUAAAAAAUAGAAUAAAAUAAUCAAACCUCGAAAUUUAUCAGUCACAUUAUAGGUAGUUUGUCAAUGAAUAUAAAUUUUAUACAAGAUUAAAGUACCAUUAUACAAAUAUGACAAUAUGAAACGGAUGUAAGGAUGAAAAAGAUUUUAAGGAAAUAAAAAACAUUCAAAUAUUCAGUCGUAUCAAUUUAUAUAAAUAAACGAGUGUUUUUAACUUUCUCCAAACUUUUUUUAUAUAAUAAGUUUUAAACAUGCGAUAAGUAGUGGAUUAUUAGUCCCUGAUGUAUGAUUUAGACGUGGGGUUAUUUAAUAUCUGAAAAAGAUACUUUAGAAAUGCAUUUUUUAAUGAUUUAUUCUAUUUUUUUCCUAUAAACGCAUUAUUUUCGGAAACAGAAUGGCUUUAAAAAAAUUUAUUAUAUCAAUAACAUUCUAAAUCAUUUUUUGCAAAAUGCAUGAUUAAAUCAUUGAAUCGAGUUCCCGAUUGGACUGAACAAAGUAGCUCUAAACUUGUACUAUUCUAGGUAAUAUAUACAUGUAUUUGUUGGGAAAAAAACGUUUAGGUACCUAGAAAACGAACUUCAUUAUUAAUUACUAUCAAUUACUAUUAGGUGGUACAUACAGAAACGCUGAGUCAUAAUUUAUUUAUUUAAUUAUAACUUUACCAAUUCUAGAAGUCUUUUUUAGUUUAUACGAAAAUGUACAAAUAGAAACCGAUCCAGUAUCAUUCAACGUACCUAUUUUCUUUUUUAAUCGUUUUUUAUUUUGUGAUUGAUUUUGAUAUUGAUUAAUGCUUAAGAGUACAGAACGUAUUCCUUCGGUAUAUUGCAGCUUACACUUGUUAUUUUUUCUACACGUUUUUACUUUACAAUCUAUUCCAGUUUGUGACACUCAUCACCAUGUGUCUUUUUUUUUAUUCAUUAUGAUAGAUACUCGUUGUAGCCAUUCCAGAUGAAGAGCUAUCACAUGAUAAUACUAAUCUCAUCAGAAAAAAUAGGGUUUGAUGCGUGUAUGGAUGGCUAUUACAAUUUGCCAUGUCUAAUCACUUUAUGUCAAUCUUAGGCGGUGUAAUUAGAUCGGCAGCUUAUCUUAGACAUAACGUUCUACAGUAGACGAACGUAUCACCUGUCACACGACUUUACUUAAGGUGGAUGCAUUUGGAUACCAAACAGCAAAAGCUCUGUUGUGCGUUCUACAGUUGUACUACUGUGAGCUGCGUUCAGUUAUCUAUUAUUAAAACCACCGUUAUCACAUUCUGUCUCAAAUUUACUCUUUCUUUAUCUUCUCUUCCUGGUUUGCUUCCUGCGUUAUUCUUUCUAUAUGCAACAAUUCUAUUUUCUCAGCAGUGACGGCUCUUGAACAAAAUAUUGGGGAUUCACAAUGACAUAAUAUAGAUCUCGGUACAGAUUUAGGUUAGAAACUUUGUGUUUUAAGAAGAUAUAAAUACUGAAAGUUUUUUCACUCUUGACUAUAAGUGGUUUUUAAUAAUAGUAGGCAGUUGAAGGAACUUACGCAUUAACUCAAGCUUGAUGACUUCGCAUAUUUAGACCCAACGACAUUUUCCAUUAUCAAUGCCAUUUCUAAUUUCUGCGUAAUUCUCUACCAACACGUGCUUAUCCCAUAGAUACUUCCAUAAUGUCUGGUUUUUUGGAUAUAUCUUUCUUAUCCCAUCAAUAGUCUAUAUAAUUUACAUUUAUAUUGUAUGCAUUUUUGAACAUAGAGACAUGAUUGGAAUUUUACAUUCUGUAAGUGCUACAUAAAUAAAUAAAUGAUAGUUAUGAUUGGUCUUUAGCGUAACUAGACUUUAUGUCAAAUUCCCCAUGUUCAUCUACUCCUGGAUUUGAUUAGAACUGUAGGCCAUGGAGCCUUCUUAAAGACUUCCUUUGAUUAUUGUAUUUUGUCUAGUUUGACCUUUUUUAGUAGACUCCAUACCUAGGAAGCUAAUUUCAAUUGAUUUUCGAGUGUAAGGAAUCCCAGUCUUGAUAGACCUUUGCACAAUAUUUAUGUGUACUGCAGUUUUUUUGUCUUCAUAGCAAAAUGGGUACAAGGUCUUUUCUGCCAGGUAGAUGUUAUGCUAAUGUCAGAGCCAAAAAGAGCUUUUGAGGCUCCUUUCCUGGCUACUAAAUCAACCUCUUGCAUGUAUAUCUUCUUUGGUCUACACUAACGUUAGUCUACUCCUGGCCUCCAUUAAACCCUUCUCAAUAGAAUCAUUGAUAGCUUUUACAAGAAACUCCGAUUUUUGUCUACCAGUUGGAUAGUUCUGAGGAGGUGUGUUCAAAUGUACGAAUCCCAAUUCAAACAACAAUUGAACAAUCUUUUGACAUUGCAAGAACCAUUAUAAGCAAUUACAAGCUUAACAAACAUCACUGGUUUUAGCAGGCAAGCUAAAUACAAAUGAUGGAUCUGUAGCGCAGAUUCUCUGUCUAAUAAGUCAAAUUUAAAGAUCUAGGCUAGAAGAAAUGGUGUAAGAGAAAGAAGAUUUCCAUAACAAUAUUUUCUUUCAUUGUUUUUAAUCUUUAAAAAUACUUGAUAAAGGUGAUGGUCAGAUUUUUAGAUCGUACGUUUAUCCAGUUCUUCUUAAUCGUGUGUCCUCAUGUCAGCAUUUACGCUGGCAAGCUCUAAGAGCACAGCUAGUGUGAAUAUUUGUCUUGUAUCUGGUCUAUAAAUGGAUAUUCUUUAUCAAGAAGGUAAAAGAUGUGUACACAUUGGGAAAUUAAGAAAUAAAACUGGAAUUUUGAAGUGUAGGGUGAUCACACAUUACAGCAUUCCGUUAUACUGUAUACCAUUUUUAAAGUCUGUCCAACAAAACACUGUAUUUGUCCAACAAAUCGCUGUAUUUGCCAAGUAAAACGCCAUUAUUGUUCAGCAAAUAUAAUAUGUGAUUACUGAAACUUAACAAAUAAGACUUGAGGAGCUACAAAAAAGGUCCUGUACUUGACUUCUUAUCUGUUAUUAUAUUUAUGCUAGGGAUGAGGAGCUAAAAAAUAGAAAACGUCCAGUAUUACGCCAAAAUAAAUAUGGUCACUCUAUUAAAGUGUGCAGGAUGGUAAUAUAUUAAUGUAAUCUUGUUUUCAGUAUUUGUCAAGGGCUUUCAGCUUAUUAGGACACAUCGUCAGGAUUAAACCACUUCUAAUGCUGAUUAAGAUGUUUAUUAUUUUUUAAUUGUUCUGACUGUUGUUAAUUCUGAUUGUGACGAAGUACUGGUUCACACUUUAAUUACAAAAAUUCUAGUUUUGGAUUCUUUAACCCUAAGGUUCGUAUCCUACCCUCUCUGCUACCCCCGUUUUUUCCACGUCGUUAUCCAAUUGCAAAAUUUGGUAGCGUUCAUCUCUAAAAAUAUGGUCUAGAUAUGUCAAAUAAAUGUCGAUCAUGAUAGAAGCUUAGAAUGAAAGCUAUCGUUUCAGCGAUCACCAGAUGGCAUAUUAAGACGUGAAGCCUGUCUGACUAGUUGUCAAAAAGCAUUUACCUAACUUUUUCAUUAGUAUUUGAUUGUUUUUAUUGUACAUAUAAAAGCAUUUUUGUGGGUUUUAGGUCUGUUGUUAAUUUAUAGUGUUUGCCAAUCUUCCACCAUUUUAAGUCACCUGUUUUCGAAUGCCUAAUUAAAAAAGUAGUAAAAAUUAAGUAAUUUGCUGUAUAUUUCGACUUCGUUCUGAAAUAUUAUACGCCAAAUCGCAUCACAUUCAAGCCAGUCACAGCUCUCAAUAUUGUUAUAUGCGCCUUUAAGGGCCGAUUCCACCGUUGUUUUAAACGAAGAUUAAAAUGACAUUGUUCAUGUAAAAAUGUCAUUUUAAACUUCGUUUAACACAACGGUGGAAUCGGCCCUAUUACGAUAUAUUACCUUCUUCGCGAAAAAAAUAGAAAAGCUUAAAAUAGGAUAAAUUGAACGUUUUAAUUUACAGUGACUGGGGUAUACAUUCAGUCAUAAAUAAUCUCUUCAAAUUUCAACAUUAGCUGAAAAUGAAUACGCUCAUAUUGCGGACGUAAAAUUAAAUAUUAAAAAAAUCCUACUACUAGUCAAAUAAAAAUUAAGAGCUGAAAUUCAGCAAAGGUUUUCACUUUUUUAUGAGUGAGGGCUGGGUGAAUAGGCUUCAAAAACACUUUAUUUUUAAUACGAUUUUAAAAGAUUUGCUUAUUUUAAUUUUAAUUAUAUUAAAACAAGACCAUGGAAAUUGUAUUAAAAAUAAAGUGUUUGAAAAACCCAUACUCCCAGCCCUCACUCAUAAAAAGGUAAACAAUUUUGCUGAAUUUCAGCUCUUAAUUUGUAUUUGACUAGUUGUAGGAGUUUUUUAAAAAAUAUUUAAUUUUACGUCCAUAAUAUACUAUUUUUGGCUAAAUCUAUACGCCCAAUCACUAUAAAUUAAAUUAUUUGAAUUCAUCCUAAAUCAAGCUUUUUUUUUUUCUUAAAUAAGGUAUUAUGUUCCUCUUAAAGGGCCACUUUGUUUUCAUGAAGAUUAAUCCUGAAUUUAUCGUGGAAUUGAACGAUCUGUUGUGUUAAAAUGGAAAACCGGUACGAAUACGAGCGCGUUCUAUAUGCAACUGCCUUUUAAUUGAUAAACAGAAUAAUAUAUUAUUUAUUUUAGUCGUUAAAUUUUUAGUUACAAAUAUUAAUUUACGUAUAUCACCUUCCUCGGGCAAUAUUGUAUAUCUAUUAAUUGUUGUAUAUUGAAAUAUUAUUUUACUUCCAAUUUUAUUGAUAAAUACAUAUAUGUUUGUUUUAAUAAAAAAGAAAAUGAAUAUUUUAGUUUGUACAUACAUAAACAAAUUACUGGUAUAGUUAAAAUUAUACGAUUUAUUAACCACUAAUACGACUUGUAAAUAGUAUUAAAUUUUAGAAUGAUAAGAUUUUUGUAAUAUAUAUAAAAAAAAAUGGAAAGAUUGAAAGAUGUAAUGGAAUUAUUGUAAUGUGAUUUAAUACUUUCGCAUACAUUGAAAACGAGAAUAACAUUUUUAUUAUUUUACACAGAUUUAAAAAAAGGUAUAAAAUGUGCAUUUUAAAUCAACAGUUUCGCGUAUUCACACACCAACAUUUUUAUUAUGUAAAACAAGAUAAAUUUUAAAUCAG